AUGGAUGAUCACAUCCCUCAGCCUCGCUGCGACGCUGACAGACACCGAGCAUUUCCUGCUGCCCGGCUGGGAUGGUCAGCCCCAAACUAACACCAGUUGCUGGGGCGUGGUGCCCGACACAAGGGGACAGUGCCACAGCCCCCUGUGUGCCACAUCCUCGUGUGUGCCACCCCCAGUGCCUCGCCUGCAAGUGGCUUUGCCAGUGCUUUGCUGCUGCCUUUGGGACGAGCCAGCCGUCAACACRUCCCAGCAUUACCUGCUCCUGUGAGCUGCCGGUAUUUUAUUCUAAUACUGCUUUUCCCACGAAGAGAGCUGACUAUUCACCAGGAUUUCUGAGYGGCACAGCUUGAGACAGGCGUCACCUUUCAGAGUGGAUGUCCCUGCAGCUUUCACUGGCACCAUUGUUCCCAGCUGUCCAAGCACCUUUCUGCCCUGUUUGGGUUUUCAGGAGCCUUCACCCCAAUGCUGGCUAAGAAGAAGCCCUUCACCAGUGCCAUUGUUGGGGUGCUGGUGUCACUCUCCAUCAUCGCCCUGAUUCUCAGCCUGGUGAGGGUUGAAGAUGUGACGCUGCCACCCACGGUCAAGUAUGGGCUGGUGUUUGACGCGGGCUCAUCUCACACCUCUCUGUUUGUCUACGAGUGGGAUUCAGACAAGGAGAAUGACACUGCAGUGGUCAGCCAGACCUUGUCCUGUGAUGUCCAGGGGCAAGGCAUCUCAAGCUAUACCAACAAUCCCCCUGAAGCUGGCAAUUCCUUAAGGGAGUGCCUGCAUAAAGCCCUGGUGGCUGUUCCUGCCGAGAAGCAGAGGGAUGUCCCAGCUUAUCUCGGAGCAACGGCUGGCAUGAGGCUGCUGAGGGAACAGAACAGCUCAGCAGCAGAGCAGGUCCUGGCUGAAGUCGCCAAAACCAUGCAGGAGUAUCCUGUGGCUUUCAAAGGGGCUCAGAUCCUUUCUGGAGAGGAGGAGGGGGCUUAUGGCUGGAUCACCAUCAACUACCUGCUGGACUCCUUCACCAAGUACUCCCCCAAAGCACACAUGUGGCUCCGUCCAGAGGCAGCCAACAUUUUUGGGGCACUGGACCUUGGAGGAGCAUCCACUCAAAUCACCUUURUGCCCAAAGGUUCAGUGAUGAGCCAGAAUAAAGGCCCUGAGUURACCCUGUACGGGUACAGCUACAACAUCUACACCCACAGCUACCUCUGCUACGGGCAGAACGAGAUGCUGAAGCGGCUGGCGAAGGAAUUAAUCGUGGAGUCRUCCCCCAGCACACGAGUCCACCACCCCUGCUACCCAAAGGGCUACAACGAGACCGUCCCGGUGUCCUCGUUCCGUGCCAGCCCCUGCACCGACAGCAGCGACCCGCGCCUGCCCCGGGGCGACAUCAAUGUCACCCUGGAGGGCAGGGGCAAUGCCAGCGGCUGCCGAGCAGCCAUCAGGAAGCUCUUCAACUUCUCCGCGUGUGGCCAGAGCCAGGAAUGCACCUUUGACGGCGUCUACCAACCCCCGCUCCGGGGACAGUUCAUUGCCUUCUCUGCCUUUUACUAUAACUUCAAGUUCCUGAACCUGACGGAGGGGCAGCCACUGGCCGUGGUCAGRCAGGCCAUUGAGGAGCUCUGCACGAGGAGCUGGGAGGAUUUAUCUUCCAGCUACCCMAAAGAGAAUCCCAAGAGACUGCCUAAGUACUGCACCAACACCAAUUACAUCCUCAUCCUGCUCCUCCACGCCUACAAAUUCAACGAGACCAGCUGGAACAACAUCAUCUUCCAGAUGAAGGUGGGGAGCGCCGACGCGGGCUGGACACUGGGGUACAUGCUGAACCUCACCAACAUGAUCCCAGCCGAGGCCCCAGCCAGCCUGAAGGGACACAUGCCUUCCCUGUGGGCUGCRGCCAUCACCUUCAUCAUCCUCACGCUCAUCCUGGGGCUAGCUGCCCUGCUCCUGCUGCUGUGGGCGUAGUGCCGUGUCUGGGAGCUCAGCAGGGAUGAAGCUGGGCUGCAGGGCCGUGCUGGAGUUCUGGUGCUCCUGCCUGCUGAACACACCCACCCACAGAGCUGCACGGGACCGGGGGCAGCCGUGCCAUGGCCUGGCCCCAGCGUGAGGCAGGCUGCCACAGCACCCGGUGGGAGCAGCCAAUUCCAUGUGCCUCCCAUCACUGCCCUGCCUCUUACAGACACAGCUCCAUCCCACYGGGGCCAUGGGACAGUCCCCCAGUGACAGGCUGGUGGAGCACAGUGCGGGCACCUGGGGACAGGGGGCUCUGUGGAACGCUUGGUCUGACGCAGUCACCAUGGGCCAGGCAGGUCCCUGGCAGGUCUGACGUGGUCACCAAUGGCUGAGCAGGUCCCUGGCAGGUCUGACGUGGUCACCAAUGGCCAGGUGGGUCCCUGGCAGGUCACCAAUGGCCGGGCGGUUCCCUGUCCUAACCCUAACCCUGAGGAAUGCUCUGUGGUGCCCAGCUGGCCCUGCGGAAGGGCUGGGGCUUACAUGGACAUGGUCUUGGAGAGAGAAGAAAAACUGAGCACCUAAAGCCAGAAGUGUGGUCCAUGCUCCUCCACAAAGUCCAUCUCAUCUCAUCUCAUCUCAUCUCAUCUCAUCUCAUCUCAUCUCAUCUCAUCUCAUCUCAUCUCAUCUCAUCUCAUCUCAUCAUUAGCUUCUUACGGCAUGUCAUGUCAUCUCAUCAUCUCAUCUUCCUUUUUGCCUUCUGGAAUGAAGGCAUUGAUUCUCCUCAGUGCCCUCCUGGAGACAGCACUGUCCCACCAGCAGAAGGCCUGGACUCUGUGGGUGUCAGGAUGAGGCUCCAGCAGGCUGUGAGUCCUGCCCUGCAUGUGGCCUUUGCCUUUGGUUCUGCCCURUGGAUGAUUCACACUGUUGUUUGCGUUCCCACAGCAAGGGGCAGACCUUUAGUGUCCCUGUGGAAUGCUCUUACCACCCAAAUAAACACUGGCAGCACRUGGGGACAUGCCUAUUACUUUGCUCCCAG